CAAUUUGAUGGUCAAAAAUCGAAUUUUAAAUACCUCAAUGACAUUCAAGAGUUGGUGACUGUGAUUGACAAGAAAGGAACUAACAAAUGGACAUAGCUCUCUUCUCCACAUCAUCUCUCUUCGCCGAAGAAGAUGAUGACGAUGACAUUCAUACCAAGGAUGAGGAAAACGCUGAGACUCAUGAAACUUAUGUUGAGAGGAAGCAUCAGUUCCCUGGAAUGGAAUUGAUUAUCCGAGAAUUUUCCUUUCAUCAACUGAAUGCUAAUUUGCUCUGGCCAGGAACUUUUGCAUUUGCAGAAUGGUUAGUUCAACACAGAUCAUGCAUUGAAGGACGGCGUACCAUUGAGUUGGGGAGUGGCACAGGUGCUUUGGCCAUAUUUCUUCGAAAAUCAUAUAAUCUUGAUAUUACAACUUCAGACUAUGAUGAUCAAGAAAUAAUGGAGAACAUAGCUCACAAUUGUGGUGCAAAUGAUUUACCUGUCAUUCCUCAUAUAAAACACACUUGGGGAGACAAGUUUCCAAAUUCUGACCCUGAUUGGGACCUGAUAAUUGCGAGUGACAUCUUAUUGUAUGUGAAACAGUAUCCGAAUCUGAUACAGACGAUUUCAUUUCUUCUCAAAAGUUACAAGCACGGUGAUAGAACUACAGUUUCUCCGACUGGGAAUGAUGAGACACAUGGAGAUGUAGUGUUGCCUUGGCCAGCUUUUCUGAUGAGCUGGAGACGUAGAAUUGGAAAGGAAGACGAGUCGAUUUUCUUCAAUGGAUGUGAGAAUGCUGGUCUAGAAGUGAAGCAUAUCGGAUCCCGUGUAUAUUGCAUCAGUCCCAUUGAAAAUGAGAAGUCAAACAAAUGCUUGAUGAAAAAAGUUAGUGUUCAAGCUUCCGCUGGAGGAGAAUGAAAUGAAAAUUGGAAAUUAACAUAGUUUAAUUUGCUGCAACUAGUAACUGAUAGUCACACCUUUUAUUGGCACACUUAAUUCAUGUAAGUUCAAAAUUAUUCAUACAGUGAAGGUAUAAUUGACAAAAUAGUUAAUGUAACAUUGAAUGUUCCUUUUUGAGAACAAAAAACACAUCAGUGAACGUUCCAAAAGUGCUCCAUACUCUGCUCCUUUGGGAGAUGGUCUUACUAUUCAAGUUGGUUACAUUCUUUCUUCUUUUCUAGUGAUGAUGUUAUUAUUUGCCACCGUCUGAUUCUCAAACUGAUGUGUCUUUCUGUCCGGAUGCUGCUACACGAUCUUUAGCAAAGGGGGACCAAUUUUGAUUCAAUUAUUUCUCUAGCUGAAGUUGACGUCGGCAUCAAGUAUCGUGGGCAUAAACUUGGUCACGUGGAAACGAGGGGUUGGCACGUGAAGGGAUGGGGUUCAGAACAUGUGUUUGGUGAGCUUGAGUUUGGGGGACUUCCUUCUCCAGAUGUGGCACAUUUGAUGCAGGAUCUGGCUAAGAAGAGGGUUCAUUUUCACACUGCUGUUGGAGUUGUGGGAAACCUUGGACUUUUUGCCUUUCACUUCCCUAAAAUUUUCAAGGUAAAACUAUCAUGUGAGGUUUUGGUGAAUACAAAGAACCAUACCAUUGUACAUCAACAUUGUGUUGAAAAGGUAAAGCUUAAGAAACCGUUAUAGACCUGGCCUUGUUGAGGUCUUACAACAAUCUCUUUGGAUAACUUGACAUUGCAGUAUUUGUCAAUUAAUCAUUUAAUCUACUUAUCUUGCACACUAAGUCUGUUUAUGCUUUCAAUCAUAAAAAUGAAGGACUGAUUAUGGGAUGGGGCGAAGCGCAAAAGAUGGUAGUCCUCAUCGAUCAAUAUGUAUACAUCGAUCUCUACACAUACAAAUAUAUCGCAAGUUUGAAAUAUAUUAAGAGUUUAAUUUAUAUACAUUGUUAGUG